AUGCGCCCUACACGCGUAACCAAGGCUAAAUUGUCGGCCGAAUCAAUUCCGAAAUUCAACUAUCAAGCAGAAUACCCGCUGCAUUAUUUUGAGACAGCAGCGGGGGCUUCCGGAGUUGAGGAAUAUUACUACCUUCCUCCAGAUGGAACAUGCACAAAAGACUAUUCUCGCCACAACGGCGGCCGCGACAGACCGACAGUCGUAGAGCUUGCAAGCACUUUGAUUCCGAAGGGUGAAACGAUGUCUUCAUGUCGGUCAGCUAACAGUUCGGACCCAAAGUAUCGUCCUAUCAGUCAUCCGUGGCUCGGCGAUACUACUGAGGUGAAAUAUUCAGGAACACCGGUCUGUCCCCAUGAUCUAAAUCAGCGUAGGCUGGAAUUUCGGACGCGUCUGGAUGCGCAGUUGGCAACCGGCAUUUGGCUAAUACUGGGUCAUGAUUGGCUGUUGGGUUCAGACUUUCGACCAAUCGGAUCUCGUCUUGAGGCCGGACCGUCCCACGAUACAAAGAAUACUUCCUCAGAGAGACCCACGUCUUUCGGUCUUUGGACUGUGUCAGGACGCGCCCAGACAGAAGAAAAAGUACAUGUGCAGAGAGUGACGCAUCUUCAAGGUCACUAUCGCUACGACACGUCCGGAGAGUAG